GCAACUUUUUGAAUAGCUAUUAAUAUUAUAGUACAAGUCUGUAAACAAAAUCAGUUAUAAAAGACACUAGAAGCAGUGUUUUCAACUCUUUACUUCAAGACAGCAAAUUCAAAAUAAAUCAAAAAUGGUGCCAGUUUCGGAUAAAUCAAAAAUCGUAAGAGGAUUACCAUUAGAUAAUCCUAUAUCUGAAGAGUCUCUGGGAGUUCAAUUUUAUCAACGCCUGUUGAAAAGAAACGACUCACCAGCCAUGAUCAAUGUAGUUACAAAUGAAUCACUAUCAUUCAGAGACAUGUUUGUCAUGACUUGUAAAUUUGCGGAAUGGUUGCGAAGACAAGGUUUAGUAGAAAACGAUGUUAUCUUGAUGUGUUGCGGAAAUGUUUUAGAAUAUUUUAUUCCGGUGAUUGCCGCAAUGUAUUCUUGCAUUGUGGUUGCAAAUGGAAAUCCAAUUUAUACAGAAAGGGAAAUUCAACAUGCAAUUGAUUUAGCAAAGCCUAAACUUAUCAUUUGUGUGAAAGCAAAUUAUGACAAAUUUGUAAACAUCAAAAAUAAUAUCAAAGUGAUUGUUAUUGAAGAUAUCUACAAACUUAUUGAGACGAUUAACAUUGAUCCGUUGACGUUUGUUCCAAAAAGUUGCAAUGUUUAUGAUCAAACCGCGGUGAUUUUGUUUUCUUCUGGAACUUCCGGUUUGUUUAAAGCCGUUAUGUUGACGCAUCGAAAUUAUAAUGCAUUGUUUAAUCAAUCAGAAAAUCCACGUUUAUCUGCAACUACAGGCAGUUCAGUAAUUCUCUUCCUGCCAUUUUUCCAUGUUUAUGGAUUCGCACAAGUGAUGGCUAAUCAUUUUCUAGGAAACUGUCUACAUUUCAUGCAUAAAUUCGAAGUUGCUUCAUUAUUAGCAGCUAUUGAAAAGCAUAAGAUAUCCACGCUGCCAGUGGUGCCACCUGUAGUCAUAAUACUGUCUAAAACACCAUUAGCCUCAAAAUAUAACCUCACUUCAGUGCACACUAUCAUCUGCGGAGCUGCACCAUUGAGCGCUGAAACUGAAGCUGCGAUAUUAAAAGUAUUCAAAAACGCAAAUAUCCGUCAAGGUUACGGUCUCACUGAAACAACAUUCGCUGCAACUUUGUUUUACGUUAAAGAUCUAGGCAAAAAACAUGGAUCAUGCGGUACAGUGAUCCCUGGAUCACAGGUCAUCAUUCGUGAUCCAGAAACAGGCGCAUUAUUGGGACCAAAUCAAGUUGGAGAAUUAUGUCUUAAAGCAGAUAUUGUAAUGAAGGGUUAUCUAGGCAAUCCGGAUGCAACCAAAAAUGCAUUUACAGAAGAUGGCUUCUUACGUACAGGAGAUAUGUGUUACUAUGAUGAUGAUCUAUAUUUUUAUAUAGUUGAUCGAUUGAAAGAGUUGAUCAAGUAUAAAUCAUUUCAAAUCGCACCUGCUGAAUUAGAAGCGUUGUUGGUGACGCAUCCGAAGAUAUUGGAUGCUGCUGUUAUUGGUAAACCGGAUGAAUUUGCCGGAGAAGUACCUUUGGCGUUUGUUGUAGCGAAAGGUGAAGUUACAGAACAGGAGAUUAUGGAUUUUGUUAGUCAGAAUGCGGCUUCGUAUAAAGCUAUAAGAGGUGGUGUUCGUUUUCUUAAUGUUAUACCGAAAAGUGUAAGUGGGAAGAUUUUGAGGAAAGAAUUGCGAGAAUUGAUUACAAAAGGAUAAUAUGUAUUUAUAACUAUAUAUAGUGUUUGAUUAAUCAGAAAUAAAAAUGAAUUUGGCACCGGA